UAAAUAAUUGGCUCGAAGCAAUGGAUAUUUAUGAUGCACUGCCAGUGCCCAAACAUCAUUGACUUUUUUUCUUUGUAUCUUUGACGAGAAAUAAAAGCAGAUCAGUCAAAGUACUUUUAGCGAAGAAAGCUUUUCAGGCAUUAUACAUUAUGCUACAUCAGCUUAUGUAAAUCCAUUAUUUGAGUUCAAUUUGGAAAAAGAAUGAAAAACAGCCCAAUGGAGAGUAAUCCUAUUUGAAAAAGUCCAAAGGCCAAUUAUUGCAGUGGAAUUUCAAAAUGAAGGGAAGGCAAAACAAUGAACAAGAUGUUAACAACAGAAAACAAAGACAACAUGCCUUGCAGUCAUCUCUUGAAAACAACACCAAAAUAACUUCAGAUAAAAGAAAGAGAAGAUAUUCAAAUGAGGAUGACUGUGGUACAGCAAAUUUCAACGAACACCGAACUGUCAAGAAGAAGAAAGUAUCAAACCAAUAUAACCAAGCAAAUAGUUCAGACUCCGAUGAUUCAACAUCCCAUUCGAGCACAAAUUCAAGUUGGGAUUCCUGGGGAUCGGAUUCAGGAAGUGCUUCACCGUGCGACUUAUCUGACGACGCAACAAAAGAUGACAACACCAGAAGCAUAACUACAAGCGAAGUUAUUUUAGAAAAGAUGAAACGAGAAGAAGAUGUUGUUCUUGGUGACUUAGAUAGUUUUUGGUCCAGCAAAGUUGCACCGAAAGCUCGAAAAGAACUGCGCAACCUAAAGGAGUAUUGUAGUGGAGAUGUAUCUUCCAUAGAAACCUUGAAGAAGCGUUGCAGAUUUGUUCAAACGUUAAUAGAGCUGCCUUGUGUACUUUCUGUUGGCUUCAAUAAAGAAGAUUCAAAAUUCAGCGUUUUCGUCUCCGACAGUAAAAAGGCCCAAGAGCUUUCCGAAAAACUUACAGAUCCAAAUAUACAUCUGGUUGAGGCCAGAAAUGCUCAUUUUCUAUGAUAAAUACUUGUGUAUUGCAUUUUCGGCACUUUGUUGUUAUAGAAAAAAGUUUAAGGAGACAUGAUCUGUAGGACUAUGUUUUAGUUGCAUGAAGUCAAAUGACUCCCAUAUAUUAGUUAUUACUCUUAAUAUAAGUAAGACAAAUAUUACAUAAAGUUGUAUAUAAACUAUCUACGUAUAUAUAUACAGAUGUGUUACAAGGA